CUCUUUUUGUCCGUAUGCACUUCGCCCCCCUAAGUCUUUAGUAUUUCCAGACCAGGAAAACAUUAAUCAGACAAAUUGCAAAGUUGAAAUUCUACGCAAACACAUUUUAUUCGAUCUAUAUUUGAAUUGACGAACUUAAUUUUGGGCAUAUCUAUAUUUUAAGAGCAAGAGCGUUGGUUUAUUACCAUUGAAGUGUGGUAAUUGAUGGAAGAAGAUAAAAAGAAGAAGAGAAAUAAGAAAAAGAAAGGAAAACAAAAUAAAACUCCAGAUGUAGAAACCACUUCUGUGGAGCAGAAUAAUAAUAAUGGUACACAGACAUCAGGGACUGCUGAUACUCAGACUUCUUCUGUAGCUCUGGAAUCUGAUGGAAGACUAGACAUGCAUCACAGUGAUGGAACGGAAAAUAAAUGCGUCGAAGACAAACUAAAGCAAGUUCAAUUGGACAAGGAUUCAUGGAGUUUGAAGGAGGCACACUUAGAAGAGGAAAUUACAAAUUUACGGUUUGAAAAGGAUUCCUGCAUACAGAGGGAGGCGAGCUUAAAUGAGAAAUUUGAACAAUUACAGAAUGAAAAAGCUUCACUUGUGCAAAUAGAGGUGAGCUUAAAUGAGAAAAUUGAACAAUUACAAAAUGAAAAAGCUUCACUUGUUCAGAUAGAGGAUGUUUUGGAGAAGAAAAUAAUGCAGUUACAGAGUGAAAAAGAUUCUUGGCUUCAAAAGGAGGCUGAUUUAGAGGAUAAAAUUAAACACUUGGAGAGUGAUGUAGAAUCUUUGGCUUAUAAGGAGGGCACGUUGGAGGAUAAAAUCAAGCACUUGGAGCAUGAUAGAGAAUCGUUGGCCUUAAAGGAGAACUUAGCGCAGGAAGCGUUAACUAGACUGAAUGCAGAUAAGAUGGAGAUACAAACAAAGGUGAAGGAGUUCGAAGAAUCCCGAGACUAUCACGCGCAAGAGAACCAACAGUUGAGGGAAACUAUAUCUGUUCUGCAGUCAGAAAUGCAAACCCUUGCAAAGGGUAACAAUUCCUCUGCUGCUGCCUCAACGUUAGAGAUGGUGAGUGAACUGUACGAGCAUGAUAACAGGCGUACCAAUGGUGAAUCCCCUUCAGUUCCUACUCAUGAUUCGGCAGUAGUAUCACUUGAAGCAGUUGCUGCAACUGAUCAUGUGCCAGAGUUAAGUGAGAAAGCUCCUGAAUCUAAUAUGCCUUUGGGGUCUUCAAUGAGCAAUCAAAAGGAAGACGAACAGAAUACCGCAAAUAACAGAGACAUGGAAUCUAUAUCUGUUACUGUGAGCCAGAGCGAAGAAUCAUCAGGAGUACCUUACAGAGCCAGUGAGAUUGAGGAAAUCGUGCAAGUUCCCUUAGACGAUAAUGAAAUUAAGGAGGUGGAGUCACGAGCUACUGAAUCUGAUGAAAAGACUGGUAUCCCACUAUCAGAUGCUCCAUUGAUUGGAGCCCCUUUCAGGCUGAUUUCAUUUUUUGCACAAUAUGUCAGUGGUGCAGACCUGGUUGACAAAAAUACAUCUAGUUCUGGCAGGUAAUUGUUGAUACCUCGUGGGACUGAAUUUAAAAACUCCUUUCUAUCUUUUUUUUAGAAAGAUGAAAUAUCAUCGUGGGAAUUGAAAGGUUCAACCCAAAGAAAUAAUUUUAUUCUUCUUACAGGGCCUGUUACCAACACUUUAAUUGUUUUUUUAUACACAGAUUUAACCAGUCCACAGAAAAUGUAAUACUCAUUGUGAUUUUUGUUCUUGAAUACUAUUGUCAUUCCUAGACGGAACCAUUUUUGUUGUUUGGAUCA